UCGUCCUUUGGAAGUACAACAAGUAGCUUUACUGAGCUUCCAGCUCAAGGCUGGCGUAGCGGCCACAGCGGGAGGUUUGUUGACUCCAUAGUCCAUACCAGUCGGUAAUAAAUAAUAUAAGGUAAUAACCAUCUCUCGGAAACCAGCCAUUAGUUUUGGUAGCAGCAGCGGGAUUAUUUUUCCAUCUCCGUGGUGGCCUUGAGACUGCUGAAUAACAAGUUCUGAGCCUCGGAGAAAGUCCUUGACGUUUCCAUAGCCAGAACAUAGGCGAUAAAUUUAGAGAGCCAUGCCUCGGUGUACACAGAGUGGUGGCGCAGGGGCCGAGGGCGUCACGGCUUCGAAGAAGCAGAACGCGCAGGGUCGUCGUCGAAGUUUGCGUGACCUUUUUCGUCGGGGCCGCAAGCAACAAGCUCCCAGCACACUCGAUGAGACAGCGACGACCCCUGAAGACCCUCUUAUAAGCAGCAGCAACAGCAGCACGACACUGGAGCAGGAUUCGCUAGUGGACAGCAAAGACAAUCAAAAGGCGCAUUGUGAUGAUGAGGCGGACAACAAUGGAUCCGCUCCUCCGGCUACCGAACGCUCGUGUCCCGUUUGUUGUGCGGUGUUGGCGGCUGAUGACUUCCCAACCAUGACACUCGCAUGCACACACAGUACGUGUCGCUCGUGUCUUGAGACGUACUUUAAGCAGGAGAUUAUGGAGUCCAGAACAGGAUUGAAAUGUCCGCAGUGUGAAAACGAGUACGAAGCUCACGAUAUCACCAGAAUCCUGUCACAAAGUGAGAAUCCAGUGCUGGUGGACAGAUACCUUGAGUUCACGCUGCGUCGUUCGCUGGCGAGUAUGCCUGACAUUCGCUGGUGUCCCGCACCCGAUUGUGGCUAUGGUGUGAUCGCUAACAACUGUGCAAGCUGUCCAAAGUUAACGUGCAAGCGACCGGAGUGCGGGACAACAUUCUGUUACUUAUGUGAAACGGAAUGGCAUCCGUGCGAGACGUGCGUUGAAGCGUUCACACGACGUCUCAGCGAGAGCAUGGAGACUGCGAUCGCCGCAGAGAAUGCCGGAAGGAACGCACGUUCGGCCGCACCAGGAGCAGCAGCAACAUCAUCCCUGUGGAAGAGGCGAGGCUGGACGUCGCAUGGCAAGCAUCAGUAUGCUGAUGAAGGUGUGCUAUUGGUGAAGCUAUGCCCUAGCUGUCGCACAAAGAUCUGCCUCGCUGUCGGCUCAUGCAAUGAACUGAUGUGUCCACAGUGUUUGCACUCAUUCUGCUGGCUAUGUCUACAGUCACUUAUGGAUGAUCUGCAUUUCUUAAGUGCCUCAGGAUGCACGUACUUUGGAUCGCGUACCUGGAGUCGCCCGAGCACGGUAGCUGCACAGCUGCUGACAGUUGCCGGUGCGCCUCUCGUCCUGGCCGCUGUGACCGUUGCCAUACCACCACUUACGCUCAUCUACUUUCCCGCCAUCCUAGUGUACUUUGUAUCUACAUCAGGUGACAAGUCACCAGCGCGCAAGUGCCUGACCAUCGUAUGGUCUGCAGUGGCUGGUCUUCUCCUCUCUCCAAUUGUGGCGGCACUUGGCAUAGUACUUGCUAUACCGCUUGGCCUAGUGUACGCCUGCGGGUACAUACCAUACAAGAUGGUCAAACGCCGGAAACCGUCACCGCAUCGCUUCGGCAUCGAUGUCGAUGACGCUGAGUUGUGUCUGUACACGACGGACGACCCGGAAAGCGACGCCAGGAUGCUGGUCCCCCCAGGUGCCAGAAAUAAAGUCCGAGAUGCCCCCGAGGUUGAUGUGUAGCGUGGCGUCAACAGUGGAGCGUGUGUUUUGGUCUGUAACCAUUAUUCUGAUUUCGAAUUCAUCAUCUCUACACUGUUUAGUAAUCCCGUAGCUAUGGAAACGACGUUACUUCAGUAAUGUCUGGCGCUAGCCAGUGUCCACACAACUUUAAUUUUGGUGUUCACUCAUUCGUUUGUUUGUUUGUGUCACGCCUGGCGGUAUCCCGUAUCUGUCCCGUACCGUACCAUACCAUCUAAAACAGCUGGCCACAAUAUUCAAUAGGGCUUUCAAAUGCAAGAUUAUAACGUGA